UGCCCGCGCGCGCGGCCUUCCGCCGCCAUCGAUGCCUCGGGGCUCGUGGCGUCGGGCCUGGCAGGCUCCCUGCGCGGCGGCGGCGGCGGAGGCGGAAGCGGGUCGGGGCGGCGCGGGGCGGGGGCGGCGCAGCGGGCGGAGGCGGCCGCGGGCCGCCCGGGCAGAAUGUCACGAUGGACGAGGGCGGCGCGCCCCUGCUCCCCGACAGCCUCGUCUACCAGAUCUUCCUGAGCCUGGGCCCGGCCGACGUGCUGGCCGCGGGGCUGGUGUGCCGCCAGUGGCUCGCCGUGUCGCGGGACGAGUUCCUGUGGAGGGAGCAGUUCUACCGCUUCUACCAGGUGGCCCGCGACGUGCCCCGACACCCAGCGGCCACGUCCUGGUUGGAGGAGUUCCAGAGGCUGUAUGACACCGUGCCCUGUGUGGAGGUGCAGACGCUGCGGGAGCACACAGACCAGGUCCUGCACCUCAGCUUCUCACACUCGGGCUACCAGUUCGCGUCCUGCUCGAAGGACUGCACUGUGAAGAUCUGGAGCAACGACCUGACUAUCUCGCUGCUGCACAGCGCGGACAUGCGGCCGUACAACUGGAGCUACACGCAGUUCUCGCAGUUCAACCAGGACGACUCGCUGCUGCUCGCCUCGGGGGUGUUCCUGGGGCCGCACAACUCGUCCUCCGGCGAGAUCGCGGUCAUCAGCCUACACUCCUUCGUGCUGCUGUCCCGCGUGCGGAAUAAGCCCUACGACGUGUUUGGCUGCUGGCUGACGGAGACCAGCCUCAUCUCGGGGAACCUGCACCGCAUCGGAGACAUCACCUCCUGCUCCGUCCUGUGGCUCAACAACGCCUUCCAGGACGUGGAGUCAGAGAACGUCAACGUGGUGAAGCGGCUGUUCAAGAUCCAGAACCUCAAUGCCAGCACCAUCCGUACCGUGAUGGUGGCCGACUGCAGCCGCUUCGACAGCCCUGACCUCCUGCUGGACGCUGGCGACCCGGGCACACCCCCCUGCCGCGUCUUUGACCUGGGCAGCGACAACGAGAAGGAGGUGGCCAGCCCGGCCCCCGCCCACGCCAGGGAGGGCUUGCGGCACUUUCUGGACAGCGUGCUGGAGGGGCGCGCGCAGCCACAGCUGUCGGACUGCGUGCUGGAGACCAAGGUGGCCGAGCUGCUGGCCCAGGGCCACACCAAGCCCCCUGAGCGCAGCGCCACAGGCACCAGGAGCAAGUACCUCAUCUUCACCACCGGCUGCCUCACCUACUCCCCACACCAGAUCGGCAUCAAGCAGAUCCUGCCACACCAGAUGACCACGGCAGGGCCGGUGCUGGGCGAGGGUCGGGGCUCCGACGCCUUCUUCGACGCGCUGGACCACGUCAUAGACGUGCACGGCCACAUCAUUGGCAUGGGCCUGUCCCCUGACAACAGGUACCUGUAUGUGAACAGCCGCGCCUGGCCCAGCGGCGCGGUGGUGGCCGACCCCAUGCAGCCGCCGCCGAUCGCGGAGGAGAUUGACCUGCUGGUGUUCGACCUGAAGACCAUGCGGGAGGUGAGGCGGGCGCUGCGUGCGCACCGCGCCUACACGCCCAACGACGAGUGCUUCUUCAUCUUCCUGGACGUCAGCAGGGACUUCGUGGCCAGCGGGGCGGAGGACCGGCACGGCUACAUCUGGGACCGCCACUACAACAUCUGCCUCGCCAAGCUGCGGCACGACGACGUGGUCAACUCGGUGGCCUUCAGUCCCCAGGAGCAGGAGCUGCUGCUGACGGCCAGCGACGACGCCACCAUCAAAGCCUGGCGCUCACCACGCACCGUGCGUGUCCUGCAGGCACCUCGCCGGCGGCCUCGCGCCUUCUUCUCCUGGCUUGCCAGCCAGAGACGCUGAGGGGUGCUGGCCGCGCUGGAGCCACCGGGACCCCUUGAGGAUGUCACCCAGGCCCUGUGGCUCUUUUCUGAGCAGGAGAGGUGGAGACGCUUGUAGCAGUUACGCUUUAGGAAGGGGACAGUCAGGCCCCGACACGCUCUCACACGCAAACCCACUCACGCAGCUGUGAUGCCUGGCAUGGGAUGGCAGGUGCAGACAGAGCCAAAGGCCCCCUCAGUCUCCCAGCCAGCUUGGGGUGCGCAGGACACUGGGGCGCCGCUCCUCACUCACCCCCGGGCUGGGGGUUCACCACUCCAGCUGGCCUCAGCCCAGGGCACCCUGGGCUGGUCCUGCAGGGCUCUGGACGCCUGGCUGUGGCCGUGCGCCUGGGGCUUGGGAGCUGCUGGUCACGCUGCUGUGGGCCGAGUGUGCCGCAUGCCCAUGCACCGCCCGCCCAGGGUUUUGAAUAAACAGUUGGCAAUAGCA